AUGCCUCUCAAUCUGAACGUGCUGGCCGAAUCAGAUUCCGAUGAUGACCACAACAGUAGUACAAUAAUUCAACAAUCUAUGAAAAAGAAGGCUAAUUUGGAUUUUAUAAGUUUUGAUGAUAGUGAGGACGAAAAAGAUGAAGGAAAUAAUUUUCAAAGUGCAACAACACCAAACCAAAACGGAACCAACCAUAUUUCGGAUCAUCAUCAUGAUGAUAAAACAACAACAUUAAACAAUAUAACCAUUGGACAGACGGAAGAAACCUCCACAGAAACCAACGACCAAUUAAAAGAGGAAAAUGCUGCAGAAGUAGCACAAGUCACCAAAACUCGAGAUAAUAUUCUCUCCUUAUUUUCAAGUGCUCAAUCUCAAUGGUCUCAUCACUACAACAUUGAAAUGGCUCCUGGACAAAAAUCCGAUGCAAAACCCAUCCUUUCAAGUUCCGUGAAGGAGAGAAUUGCUGCUUUGAAAAAUAGAAAAAAGAAUGUAAGCGAAAGCCUUGCAAGUUCUUCAAUCGCUUCAGUGCUAGGCGGAGUUUCUUCAAGCAGUAAUGAUAGCAGAGAACAACCUGGUGCUGUUUCACCAAGCACAUUACUAGCAGACCAAAGCCCAACAGAGGUGUUGGAUAACGAUGAUGAUGAUGAUGACGUUUCAAAUAAUAUUACAGAAAAUAAUGAAGAGGAAAGUGCUGAAGGUUAUAUUAAAAUUGAUGAUACAAUAACCAAUCAUCAAUUUAAUUAUGAAGCACAUAAUGCCUAUGCAAAAUAUCAAACCUCAAUUCCUUGGCAAACUCAAAGUUAUGCCUCAUAUUCCCCUCCUUUACGAUUACAUUUUGAAUUAAUUGAUUUCUACAACUUUGUAAAACAGACAAAAGAAGAGGAACUAGUGAGAGAACGUGUUAUCGAGAAGGUCACCAAGUUAUGUAAGGGUAUAGAUCCCAAUUGCAAAAUUCAACUUUUUGGUAGUUAUCCUGCAGGAUUAAUGUUACCAGGAAGUGACCUUGAUUUACAUGUUAUUUCAAAAUCCAACUCACAAAAAUCGUUUCUUGAAAAGCUCAAUAGAGAGCUCAACAGGUCCACUGAGUUUGUGGAAAUUAAUUUUAUUAGAAAUGCAAACGUGCCAAUUGUCAAGUUUAAAGAGGCACUGUCUCUUCAGGAAGUGGAUGUUUCUUGCAACAAUGCAGACACAGAUUCAAGUGUAGAGUUUAUUAGAAAAAGUAGUGAGAAGUAUCCUGCCUUUAAAUAUUUAUGUUACUUUCUCAAAUACUUUUUAAAACAACGAAAUUCAAACAUGGUCUUGCACGGAGGACUGUCCAGCUAUGGUUUAAGUUUAAUGAUUAUUAGUCAUUUACAAAUGCAUACAAGCAAUUCAAGCAUUGAAGAAAGAGAUGUUACAUCACUAGGAACACUGUUAAUAGACUUUUUCGCCCUUUAUGGCCGAUACUUCAAUUAUUACUUUACAGCCAUUAGUCCAAGCGGAGAAGGAAAAUAUUUGCCCUACGUCAUGAAAAUACGUAGUGGAUACUCGUCAAGUCUCAAAUUUUCACCAAAUAUCAUUGAUCCAACAAAUGCACAUAAUAACGUGUCUAAAGGUACUAGUGGACUUCUCUCAAUUAGAAACUCUUUCAGCAAUGCAUUUGACGCUUUAAUGUCACCUACUAACAUUAACAAAGAAUCAUUACUCUCAACUAUUUUGCGAGUCAGUCCUGAUUUGUGUUGGAGAAGGAUUUACAUUCAUCAAGAUCGAUCCUUUAUCAACACGUGCAAACAGUUUGCCGGUUAUUUUACUCAAUAUUUUGGAGAUGAAGAGGAAGAGAAGAAAAGUAAAAAGAAACGAUCGUUUACCAAUGGAGGAUUUAAUCAGAAGAAGAAAAAGAAGUUUUAG